AUGUACGGAUUGGUUAUUGAAGGCGUUCGAUUCAUGAUUCAGGAGAACUGGGGUACCCAGGUCCUCCAGCAGGUCCAACAGAUGACGAUGCUCUCGGAGAAGUCGAUAUCGACGCACGAUCAAUACCCGGAGAAUUAUGUGCCGCGAAUGUUCGAGGCGAUCCAUGAGAUCACCGGAACGCCGAAGGAUCAGAUUGGUGUUCUCGCUGGCCGCUUCUUCGUGCACUUCCUCAUUCGCAACGGCUACGGCGAUCUGAUGAACGUGAUGGGUCGCCGCUUCUCGGACUUCCUCAAAGGCCUCGACAACAUCCACGAGUACUUUCGGUUCAGCUAUCCGAAACUGCGCGCGCCGUCGUUCUAUUGCAAAUCGGAAAACGAGAACGGCCUCAUUCUGCACUAUCGCAGCCGUCGAACCGGCUAUCUGCCGUACGUCAUCGGGCUGCUCGUCGAAUUGGCGCGCGUCUUCUAUCAGCUCAACAUUGGCAUCGAGGUGAUCGAACAACGCGAGAAGGGCCAAAUCUCGCUGGUCGUGCUCAAAAUCUCGUUCAACAACGUCGGCCUUCGACAGGACCUUCGGCUGAAGGAGCGCGUCAAGAAUCUCAACGAGUAUCUGCCCGUCAGCACGCAGUCGUUCUUGCGAAUGUUUCCGUUUCAUAUCGCGUUCAAUUCGAACCUCGAGAUUCUCAUUUGCGGCGAGGCGAUCCGAAACCUGAUGCCGAACAUCCAGGGCCUCUUGAUGACCGACGUGUUCGAUCUACUGCGACCGUUCAUCAAAUUCUCGGCCGACGGGUGUCUCGCCCAUCAGAAUUGCCUAUUUCGCCUCGAGUCGCUUCAGCCGGUCGUCCGACAAACCGAUGAGUCGAUCACCGUCAAAAUCACCGACGAGCAGAACAAAGCGGCGAGUUACGAACCCCAACCGUACGUCACCCUUCAGGGACCAAUAAUUCAUUUGAAGGCCACCGGCACGUUUUUGUUUCUCGCCACUUGCAUUGUCGACUCGCUGGACGACAUGUUCAAAAUGGGCCUCUACCUCAACGACUUCGGCGCGUCGGAUUGCAAUCGCGAGAUCAUCAUGUCGACGAUCCAGCAGAGCGACACGCUUCGCACGAUGCUCGACAACGAGAAGCGUCGAAGCGAGGUGCUGACGGAAAUGACGAAGGAGAUCACCGAGGCGAAACGCACCGCGCGCAAUCUCCUCUCGCAAAUGAUGCCCUACGAGGUGGCGACGAAGAUGAUCAACACCGGCUACACCAAGUUCUCCGAGGCGUUCGAUUGUGUCUCGGUCGCGUUCAUCCGGGUUUGCGAAUUUUCGACAAUCUCGCUCACCAUUGAAGCGUUCGAUCUGGUCAAUCUACUCAAUACCGUCUUCUCGCAAUUGGACGAGAUCGUCGAGGUGCACGGUGUGUACAAGGUCGAGACGAUCGCCGAAUCCUAUAUGAUCUCGGCGGGUUGUCCGUAUCGCGACGAGGCCGACGCCGAGAUGAUCGUCGACUUCUGCCUCGACGCCAUCGAGCACAUCGCGUGCAACUCGUACGCGACGGCGCCGACGCUCAAGAAGCUUCAAAUCAAAAUCGGCGUGUUCUCGGGACCGGUCGUCGGCGGCGUCGUUGGCGUACGAUCGCCGAGGUAUUGCCUGUUCGGCGACACGGUGAACACGGCGAGUCGAAUGGAGUCGUCGAACAAAGUGCCGAUGACGAUACAAAUCGGGCAGCGGACCAAAGAUCGACUCGAGAAGCAAUCCGGCGCGUUCAAGAUUAAACCGAGAGGAAAUGCCGAGCUUAAAGGAAAAGGCAGCAUGCGAGUGUACGAAGUGGAGAAGAAGAAGGGACGACCCCGCUACAAGAAGCACACGCCGAUUCGGAAGAACAUUGAGAAGAUCGACUUGCCGGCGGAUGACAUUUUGGACGCUGAUGAUGCACGCAAUUCGGACACGAUGAGUCGAAUGAGCAUUGGCGAGUCGCUGGAGAGCGAGGAAUUGACGAGCAAAGGCGACAACUCGUCGUUUGCCGAAUUGAAUCAGAGGAUCAAGGAGGCGAUUGAACAGACAUCGGAGGCUUCGAGGAUUCUUGACUUGAAUAUGCAAGACGAGAACAAUUUGCCGUCGUCGGUGCCGUGGACGGCGCGUCACAGAGAUGAUCUUCGGAAGCCGCUCGCCGGCGAGACGAAUCAUCACAACGAGCUGAUCUUCGCGGUGCGGCCGAAUGAGGAGACACCUCGUCCGACGGCAGGGGAGCUCGACAAGGUGCGCGUCAUCGCCGAGAACGCGGCGCCGCGACGCCCAACACAAGAGGAGGAGGAGCUUGAAGCCGCCCAGCACACCUAUCAGAUUGAGCCCGACGAGCCGGUGAUGGCGGACGUCGACGUCGUCGCCGAUGAUGACGGCGACAAUGUGAGUCGAACGACGGCGAUUCGCGACGACGAUGAGCACAACUUCGGCGAACAUCCCGCCGAUCAGAUACCGCCCGAAGCGCAAGCGCAAUUGCCGCCGUCGGGUGAGGCGACGCUCGGCGAGCGCUCGUCGUCGGCGAGCAGCUUCGAGGAAACGCUGCCGACGCCGAAGCCGGCGCCGCCGAAAAAGAAGGCCGCACCGCCGGUUCGUGUGCCGAUUCGACGCCGCCGCGAUGAGCGCGAUCGAUGCAAAUGCGAUGAUAUUCGACGCGAUGAGAAGCUUAAAACAAAAGUGUGCAAUAUUAUGUAA